AUGGUCUCUCCGAUGGAUGACAUCAUGAAGCAAACAUUGGCCAGCAUUAAGGAAGAGGACUGUGAGUGGGAGUCUGACAAGUUUACACCAGACGCUUGGGACUGUGAGACAAGAAUUUCUGCUGUUAAAAAGGAGGAAUCCGAGGAGGAAUUUGUUUGUAUUAAGUUUGAGGAUUCUGUCUCAAAUGGCUUUAGCCUUGAAGGAUCUCCGGAGCAGCAGUGUGUAAAGUGUGAUUCUGAAUUCUCUGAGUCGGAACACACGGUCACUGAGGAGAUGCGUUACAAGAUGGAACCAAAUGAACAAGCAACUACGUGGCAGCCUGAGCUGUCUUACAUCUUCAUUUGGACAGACUCCCCUUCAGGGUGCACCACAACAGAAGCAGGAAGAGGAAAAUGGAAAGAAAUUAAGAGUUUGCAGAUUAGCUCUCAUCCACCAGGGCAAAAUAUAAACCAGGUCGCUUUACUCAUCUGCUAUGACUGUGGGAAAAGUUUCAAAACCAGAUCUAGUUUUAAGGAUCAUCGGAGGAUUCAUAAGAGACACAGGCUGUAUUCUUGUUGUGAAUGUGGCAAACAAUUUUCAUGCAGCAGCAGUCUUAAAAACCACAAAAGAAUUCACACAGGAGAGAAGCCGUACUUCUGUCCCGAGUGUGGAAAACGAUUCUCACAAAUGAGCAAUCUGCAGAGCCACACGAGAAUUCACAGUGGCAUUAAACCCUAUUGCUGCUCUGAAUGUGGCAGGCGAUUCUCAGACAGUAGCACUCUUCGACAACAUACAAGAAUUCACACUGGAGAGAAACCAUUUCGCUGUUCUGUAUGUGACAAACGAUUUUCCCGCAGUAGCAGUCUUCGGCAACAUACAAGAGUUCACACUGGAGAGAAGCCGUAUUGCUGCACGGAAUGUGGCAAAAGUUUCUCUGAGAGCAGCACUCUGAGGAGCCAUGAAAGAAGUCACCUGGGAGAGAAACCAUAUUGCUGUUCUGAAUGUGGGAAACGAUUCUCACGCUUAAACAAUCUCCAGAGGCACACACAGACUCACACAAGGGAGAAACCAUAUUGCUGCUCUGAAUGCGGUAAGCGGUUCUCACAACGCAGCAGCCUUCAGCGUCAUGCCAGAAAUCACACUGGGGACAAGCCAUAUUGCUGCUCUGAAUGUGGUAAACAAUUCUCUGAAUCAAGCCAACUGCAGACUCAUGAAAGAAUUCACUCGGAAGAGAAGCCGUAUUCGUGUACAGAAUGUGGGAAGCAGUUCCCAAAAAUGAGCAAUCUUCGUAAACACAAAAAGGUUCACUCGAAAGAGAAGCCAUAUUGCUGUUCAGUCUGCAGCAAGCAAUUCACACACAAAAGCAGUUUUCGGCAACAUACAAGAAUUCAUACAGGAGAGAAGCCAUAUUGCUGUUCCGAAUGUGGUAAACGAUUCUCGCACAGUAGUACUCUUUGGAAACAUGUGAAAAUUCAUACUGGUGAGAAGCCAUACUGCUGUUCUGAGUGUGGCAAACGGCUUUCUAGCAGUAGUAGCCUUAAGAACCACAAAAGAAUUCACACAGGAGAAAAGCCUUAUUGCUGCCCUGAAUGUGGCAAACAAUUCUCUGACGGCAGUAGUUUUAGAAAACACACAAGACUUCAUAGUGAAUCAGUGGCUGAGAAAAGCAUCUAAUUGUGGCAGUGCCUAACUUCAUGGUGAUUCAAAGCAUUGCUAGCAAUGUAAAUGGAGAAGAAUCUGGAGCCAUGGCAUUCCUGGAUGCAGGAUAUCGGGCAGUGAUUAAAUUGACUCCUAUGUUAGAAACCUCACCACCAACUGAAGCACAAAUCAGUAUCUGAAAGGUUUUGAGUUUGCAUGCUAGACAGAGAUGGAGAAUGAUGAGGUGCUUAUCAUAUGAAGAUACACCAGUCCACUCUGACGGGAAAAUAGAGGACUGGAUUACGAUCAAAGAAAAGUCAUCACCAUUGUCUAGAUUUCAUAAGAUCCACAGAUUCCUCCAGGAAGUGUUUUUACCGACAGCCCAAGUGUUCUAACAAUUUAUUUUUAAAGUCAGAGUUAAUAGACUGUCAAAAUAUAUACAGGGUGAGUCAAAAUUAUGUGCACACUAAUGGCACUGCUAUGUAUUUACUUAUACUGUACUAGCUGUGUAAACCCAGGCUCCUAGAAACCAUGGAUUCUGGCACUUCAAUCAAUCAAUCGCAUCGGUUGUGCAUUAGAGGCCAAGCAAGGUUCUCUUUCCUUGGCCGUUUUUUGUUUUGUGGAUGUUUUCUCCUCCAUUGUUUCUCAUCAGUUAAGCGAGUUUCUCUCUCCUUGGGAAAUUUCGUUUUGCCGAUGUGCUCACCUCACUUGUGUAUAAGUGGC